CGGCAUCUCGGAACCCGCGCUGGCAGUCUGAGGAUCCCCGCGUGUCUUCUGCGUUCUCCUCGCCGCCCGGCGCCCCUGCCUCGCGCCCGAUGGUGAGCAGCGUCCUGUGCCGCUGCGUGGCUUCCCCGCCGCCGGACGCCGCCGCCGCCGCCUCGUCCGCCUCGUCGCCGGCGUCAGUGGACCCGUGCGGCGGCGCCGUCUGCGGGGGCCCGGACCACAGGCUGCGCCUGUGGAGCCUCUUCCAGACGCUCGACGUCAACCGCGACGGCGGCCUGUGUGUCAACGACCUGGCCGUGGGGCUGCGACGCCUGGGAUUGCACCGCACCGAGGGCGAACUCCGGAAAAUUGUGCAAGCUGGCGACAAAGACCUUGAUGGGCAGCUAGACUUUGAAGAGUUCGUCCAUUAUCUCCAAGAUCACGAGAAGAAACUGAGGCUGGUGUUCAAGAGUCUGGACAAAAAGAAUGAUGGGCGGAUCGACUCUCAGGAGAUCGUGCAGUCCCUGCGGGACCUGGGGGUCAAGAUAUCCGAGCAGCAGGCAGAGAAAAUCCUCAAGAGAAUUCGAACGGGCCAUUUCUGGGGCCCUGUCACCUACAUGGACAAGAACGGCACGAUGACCAUCGACUGGAACGAGUGGAGAGACUACCACCUCCUGCACCCCGUGGAGAACAUCCCCGAGAUCAUCCUGUACUGGAAGCAUUCCACGAUCUUCGAUGUGGGGGAGAAUCUGACCGUUCCCGACGAGUUCACGGUGGAGGAGAGGCAGACGGGGAUGUGGUGGCGACACCUCGUGGCCGGAGGCGGGGCCGGAGCCGUAUCCAGAACCUGCACGGCCCCCCUGGACAGACUCAAAGUGCUCAUGCAGGUCCACGCCUCCCGCACCAACAACAUGUGCAUCGUGGGCGGCUUCACCCAGAUGAUCCGAGAGGGAGGGGCCCGGUCACUCUGGCGGGGCAACGGCAUCAACGUCAUCAAAAUCGCCCCCGAAUCGGCCAUCAAGUUCAUGGCCUAUGAGCAGAUCAAGCGUCUCGUUGGGAGUGACCAGGAGGCUCUCAGGAUCCACGAGCGGCUUGUGGCCGGGUCCUUGGCAGGCGCCAUCGCUCAGAGCAGCAUCUACCCGAUGGAGGUUCUGAAGACCCGGAUGGCCCUGCGCACGACGGGCCAGUACUCGGGCAUGCUGGACUGCGCCAGGAAGAUCCUGGCCAGAGAGGGCAUGGCCGCCUUCUACAAAGGCUACGUCCCCAACAUGCUGGGCAUCAUCCCCUACGCGGGCAUAGACCUGGCUGUCUACGAGACCCUCAAGAACGCCUGGCUGCAGCGCUACGCAGUGAACAGCGCAGACCCGGGGGUGUUUGUGCUCCUGGCCUGUGGCACCAUGUCCAGCACCUGUGGCCAGCUGGCCAGCUACCCGCUGGCCCUGGUCAGGACCCGGAUGCAGGCCCAAGCCUCCAUCGAGGGCGCCCCCCAGGUGACCAUGAGCAGCCUCUUCAAGCAGAUCCUGCAGACCGAGGGCGCCUUCGGCCUGUACCGGGGGCUGGCCCCCAACUUCAUGAAGGUGAUCCCGGCCGUGAGCAUCAGCUACGUGGUGUACGAGAACCUGAAGAUCACACUGGGCGUGCAGUCGCGGUGACGGGAGGGCAGCCCGCCGCGGACUCUGAUCCUGGGCUCGGCCCGGGAUGUGCAGCAUCUCAUUCUGUGAAUGUGCCGACACUACGCUGACGGAAGCCAAGCUGUGAACCCUGGGGUGCAGCGCAGGGACGGGGGAUGGGGAGCUGGCAAGCCCACCAGGUCUGUCCUGCUAACCAGCAGGACCCGGGCUGAUGCGCAGGAGAGACUGGACUUUCCUGUAGUGUCUGCCAGACAGCAGGGCUUGGAGGCGGCUUAGUUCUUCCAUCUCUUCCUGCCAGACCAUGGCCCCGGGCCCCUGCCCUCUGCCUGCUGGGCAUCUGCCCUGUGCCCACUUUGCUGCCGCCUCACUGCUGUUUGAAUAUGGUAGGAGGGCCACCAGCCCACUCCCAUGCCCGCCUGCUCCUCCCCUCAGGCCGCAGGGAAAGGUGCUUCCAGCCGACCUCACCCUCGACUUCCCAGCGUGCAGCAUGGCCCUGGCGAGGUUGUGCAGGGAAAGGGGAGCCUGGGAGUGCCCACCCUCAUCUGCGCUCACCGCAGAGGGGCACCGAUGCAUGCAGGCCAGGCCCAGCCCGGCCACUGGCUGCCUGGCACCCGGGCGCAUGGCUUGCCCGGAGCCCAGAGGCCUCUGCCCUGUGCUGCUGGGGCCUCCUGUGCCUGAGCUGGCUCCAGGCUCCGUCGGGACUGGCACCAGCUCAGAUCCAGCUCCCUGGCCCUGCUCUGGCAUGAGGCAGGGGUGUGGUGUAACGGGAAGGCCAGUUUCUGCCCCGGGUCUGCAUGCCCUGAGAAGGAAGGGUUGGGGCCUUCAUUAGGUGUUUUUGAGAAAAGGGUUUUGUCCAGAAGGACAAAUGGACAAUGUGAAGUCCUGAGCUUCCAGAGGGAAGACAGCGCGAGCGGAGAGCUUGGCUGACUGCAUUAACGUCUGUUCCUGACGCCCCCGGGUCACGUCCGAUCCCAGCGGGGCCAGGCGGGACCAGCCUCACAUUCCACUGAUGCCACGUGUCACUGCUUGGAGCCUAUUUAUUUCGUAUUUAUUUGAACAGAGUUAUGUCCUAACUAUUUUUAUAGAUUUGUUUAAUUAAUAACCUGUCAUUUUCAAGUUCA